GUAAGAGCUGGAAGCGCCCGGUUUGCCAUGAAGCCGGCGGUGGACGAGAUGUUCCCCGAGGGUGCUGGGCCCUACGUGGACCUGGACGAGGCUGGCGGCAGCAGCGGGCUCCUGAUGGACCUGGCGGCCAACGAGAAGGCCGUGCAUGCCGACUUCUUCAACGACUUUGAAGACCUCUUUGAUGACGACGAUGUCCAGUGACUUGCCUGGGUGCCUGCUUCCCCGGGUCAGAUGGUGUCAGUGAUGCUGACAGUGACAUGGAUGGUGACAGUGCACCAAGAAAACCGAGAGCCAGGGAAGCUUUUGCUUUCUGUAGGGCCUGAUUGUUCCCGAAUGUGACAGCGGCAUCCUCACUUCAUUAAACGUGUCCUCACUUG